CUCAGCCACCGUGCCUUUGUUUUUGUGCUGCCAUGGCUGCCCCUGGUCGCUGCAUCUGCCCAACUGCUUUGACACGAGCUUUUCCCAGGCGGCGCUGUUUUCGGCAGACCCUCCCCCCCACUCGCCGUCGAAUUGCCUGUCUCCAUCCAUCAUCAAUCAGCCAUCAACCUCCUUCUAGCUUUUGCGCAAUUGAUCUGUUCUUUGUUGAUCUGUCUGUCUUACCAAGAACUGUUGGAUGGUAUCGUGCUAGGAACCUGUCGGUCGCUGUCAACAACAAUCUCUGUCACUCGUUUAUUACUCUUGUGCCCUUCUCACCUAACCCCAGCCAGCCCCCGUCGCCCGCUCCAUCUCCGCUAAUCCAAUUGGGACGAACACUUUCGAAAGCUUGAAUGCGCACGACCAUCGAUUCGGAACCUCGAACCAACGACCGACCGUCGCCGUCGCCGCUGCCGUCGCCCGUUAUCGAGGGCCGCCCGGCUAUCCUCGCGCUGACUCAGGCCUGGCCACCGUUGGAACCACGACAGGAGAAUGCAAGUCUGAACAAAAACUGGGCCAAAAACACACCGUCGCCGACCGUCUCGUUUGCUCGCCAGCCGCCAUCAAACCGUCGACCAUCCAUCAACAAGCUCCGACCAGCCUUCAUCCCAUAAUCCCGACCGAUCCAAAGCCCUUCCGCCCCGACCGGGCUUCCCAUCAACCAAGAUGUGGCUUCCAUCUUUGAACCCUCUUUUUGCCAUCUCCACUCUCGCUACCCUCCUUCUACCCGUCGUUGUCACCGCCGAAUCUGUCCUCCGAUCGAGUUCGUUGGCCGCCUGUCAGGCAAGCUCGGGCUUCACAGCCAGUCUCUUCGAUGUCGUCUUCACGCCCAACAACAGGACUGUUGCAAUCGACCUGCUGGCCACAUCAUCCAUCGAGGGCUAUGUGUUGUUCGACAUCACCAUCAUCGCCUAUGGCUACAAGGCAAUUCAAACCACGGUUGAUCCCUGCGAGGCCAAAAUCAUGGGGUUAUGUCCCAUGGUAUCAGGAAAGAUGACGCACCCCUUCAACCUGGGACCCUUUGACAAAGAGGCGCUCGAUGUCAUCCCAGGCAUUGCCUACACAUUCCCGGACUUGGAUGCGACUGUCAGGGUCUACAUCAACAUGACGUCCGGAGAGAACAAGGGUCAGACCAUCGCGUGUCUGGAGGCCGAUGUAUCCAACGGAAAGACUGUUGAUCUUAUUGGCGUGAAAUGGGCUGCGGCUGCGGUGAUCCUCGUGGCUUUCAUCGCAUCCGCCAUCGUUGCGGGCCUGGGCUUCACCAAUGCCGCCUCCCAUAUUGCUGCCAACACCUUGGCUCUGCUCGCCUACUUCCAGUCUCAGGCCAUGAUCGGCCUCUGCAGCGUCUCGCUACCUCCCGUCGUGCAGUCAUGGACUCAGGAUUUCCAGUGGACUAUGGGUAUCAUCAGGGUCGGUUUCAUCCAAACCAUCCUGACAUGGUACCAGCGCUCCACUGGCGGAACAGCCUCCGUCAUUUUCGACACACUCAGCAUCGUGUCGGUUCAGGUUGAAAAGAUGAAGCGCUCAUUGCCGGUGCUGGAGCCUGCCGUCCAGGCCAUUCAGAAAAGGGCGACCGAUAUUGCUCACCACGCCAGCACUCUUGGAAAGCGUUCUUACGAAAAGACCGAGUGGGGCAGUUACAUCGUCUAUGGUAUCCAAAGAGUUGCCUUCCGGGCCCGGAUUGAGACAACCAACCUGUUCUUGACCGGCAUCACCUUCUUCUACAUCUUGUGCUUAGUCUUGGUCAUUCUGGUACUGCUGUUCAAGGUGGGCGUGGAAUUGGCUGUCAGGCUCAAGAUUUCCAAGGGCGACCGGUUUUCCGAGUUCAGGACCGGCUGGUUGACAACCUUGAAGGGCAUCCUCUUCCGCCUUACCUUGGUCUGCUUCCCCCCUGUUGUUAUCCUUUGCCUGUGGGAGUUUACGCAGGUCGACUCGCCGGGCGCCGUUGUUCUCGCCGUGUUCUUCCUUUUCAGCAUGCUCGGCGCCUUGAGCUACGCUGCUUUCAAAAUUAUCCAAAUCGCCCGGCGCAGCGUCGCGCUCCACCGCAACCCAGCCUACAUUCUGUUCUCGGAGCCUCGCGUUCUCAACAAGUGGGGCUUCUUGUACGUUCAGUACCGCGCUUCGGCUUACUACUUCAUCGUCCCGACACUUGUCUACAUCCUGGUCAAGGGCAUGUUUAUUGCGCUGGCCCAGCGCUCUGGUGUCGUCCAGGCUGUCGCCCUGAUCAUCAUUGAGGCAGCUGCCCUCAUCACCGUCAGUGUGAUCCGUCCCUUCAUGGACAAGUCGACAAACUCUUUCAACAUCGCCAUUUGCUCCCUCAACUUUGUCAACGCCAUUUUCCUCUUCGUUUUUACCGACGUGUUUGGUCUUCCCGGUCUUGUGAUUGGAGUGGUCGGUGUCGUUCUCUGGAUUGCCAACGCCGCCUUUUCGCUGAUCCUCCUGCUCAUGCUCAUCAUUACCACGGGUAUCAUUCUGUUCCACAACAAUCCCGACACACGAUACCAGUUUAUGAACGACGACCGCACGAGCUUCAUCAAGUCGCAGACGCAUAUCGCCACGACCUCGGAGUUGGAUGCGUUGGCCGCUACAGCGCGCGGAACUGGCAAGACGAUCGACUUGGACGAUGACGAGAGUGCCCGGUCGAGCCCUGCCAACGUCGGUGGGCUCCCACGCCCUGGCACAGCAGGAUCCAACACGAGUCCCAAUCGGUAUUCCCUCAAGAGCGUCAGGGACUCGGCGAGGAAUAGCGUGAGGAGUUCCAUGAUUGCUCCAGGCGGUGUCUACAUGUCGGAGAAACCGGGUGGACAGGGCCACCACCUGAGAAAUCAGGCCAGUGGGAGUGUCAGGGCACCGAGCCCCUUGACGGCGUCGGGGAGCGACGGCAGUUUACCAAAGACUUCGUCACCACCAAAGCCGCAAGGUGGAAAUCAAUGGCAACGUGGCGCCGGGUACGACUAGAGCUGUUACCCGUGUGAUUUCCUUGUUUCUCGAUAUUCCCUUGAAUCUGUUUGCAUAUCCGGUAUCUAUUUCUGUUUUGCUAUGGGCCGUUAAUCUUUUUAGUGUCGCGUCGCACCUCGUCGUCAAUCUGGGAAAACCUUCCCCUUUCUUUUUGGCUCCAAUGUCGUCGCGAGACAGCGCGCGUGUAUGGGCGGGCUGUUGGUCAUGCCUUUGCUGUGUUUGGGUGAGGAGGGACAUUUGUGUAUAUAGACCCUGCUCGGUUAUUUAUGGGGACGGACAGGAAGGGACAUCAUCAUCAACAACCAUAACUUCUUGUCUAUCCUUUGAAAGUUGGAAAUAUUUGUCUGGGAAAACAGGUUCACCUCUGUUUAUCAUUUUGUCAUUUCUGUUGUCAGAUACCUCGCGAAGGAGUUUUCGGAUGUAGAUAGGGGCUAUGUGGAAAAAUGGACUCCUCUUGGGUUUUUAUUUAUUUAUCUCCGGUUAUCGAUCUCUGCUGCAAAUUCGUUUCUGUUUUAUAUUAGGUUGACACCUUGUAGAAGUAGGUUCUAGGUAGCUGCCUGCAUUCGCUUAAAAAGUUG